AUGUGGAUUAGUAUUGAUGGAAUUGUUUUGAUUCAUGUUAAGAAUUUGCAGUGGAAAUUUAGAGGGAAUCAAACUGUUAUGGUUAAUAAACAACCUGUGCAAGUGUUUUAUGAUGUUCAUGAUUGGUUGUUUAGUGUUUCUGGAUCUGGGCCUGGGCCUGGUGUUUUUAUCUUCAAACCUGGGCCCACUGAAGUUGAGAUUGAUGAUAAAGGUGUUGAAGGUUGUGAAAGUGAUGAUGGUAGUGCUACUAGUGGUUAUUACUCAACUAAAAGUUAUACUCCUUUUGAGUCUUCCCUUGUACUUUGUGCCUAUAAACUUGAGUAA